UGGAGGUGGUCUACUUCUAUUAUUGACACAACGCAACGCAACGCAACGCACAUCACAAUCACAAGAACAAGUGGACCAAAGCAAAGAACAAGUGGACCAAAGAAGCAGAAAGAAAAAUGGUGAGCGAAGGAGCUACUGUAGCAGCUGCUAUUGUUGCAAUAGAAUUGGUGGAUAUCGGUGGUGACACUUUAAUGAAAUCUGCAAAUAAUGAUGGAAUGAGUAUUUUUAUUUUCAUUGUUUACUCAAACCUUUUUGCUCUAUGUUUUCUUCUACCAUCCUCCCUUUUCUACCAUAGAAAAAGAGCUCCUCCUCCUAUUUCAAAAUCAAUUUUCUGCAGAUUAUUUCUUCUCAGUUGCAUCAGAACUUCAGUGCAGAUUUUCAUGAAUAUUGGAAUUGGAUAUAGCUCUCCCGCUUUGGCAUCAGCUAUGAUGGAUCUUGUCCCUGCUUUUACCUUCAUACUUGCUUUAAUUUCAAGGAUGGAAAUUUUAAACUUGAAAGAACAUAGAAGUCAGGUAAAAGUUAUUAGUAUAGUGGUCUGCAUUGCAGGAGCAUUAACUGUGACAUUAUAUAAAGGGAUGCCAUUGCUUAGUGAUGCCUUUCCAGAUAUAGAAAUGGGUGCAAUUGGAAUUAACAUGUCAGAAAAAUCAGAUUGGCUAGUUGGAGCUUUUCUUCUAGUAACUGCUACGUUUUUCAUUUCGAUUGUAUUUAUCGUUCAGACUUGGAUUAUCAGGGAUUAUCCAGAAGAGUUGUUGGUAACAACUAUUUGUUGCUGUUUUGUGGUAAUUCUAUCUUCCAUUGUAGCUCUAAUGGUAGAGGGAAACUCAAAAGCUUGGAAACUCAAACUUGAUAAGAAAUUGGUAUCCGUAUGUUAUUCAGCAAUAUUUAUAGUAUCGACGAGGAAUAUUGUCAAUGCAUGGGCAUGUCGUAAGAAAGGACCAAUAUUUUUAGCUAUAUUCAACCCUUUAAGAGUUGUCCUUGCACUUGGCAUGGGAGUAAUAUUCUUGGGAGAUAAUCUUUAUCUUGGAAGCAUGAUUGGGGCUGCUAUUAUUGUUAUUGGAUUUUAUGGUGUAAUGUGGGCACAAGCUCAAGAGAAACACAUGAUAAGUGAAACAAAUAUUCUCUCAUCUUCUUCGUCCCCAUUGUUGUCAACAAAAGCAUGAAUCUCAUGUUCAUCCUAUUUGUUGUCAAACAAAAGCAUGGAUACUUAGAGGCUCUUGUUUUGAUUUUGUAAGGUGGGAGAGUAUUACUCAUCAACUAGAUUAAAAUUCGUGGGAUGUGCGGUUGUAAAUUAGAUUAUUCAAUUUUUUAUUGAAUUUUAUAU